ACAAAAAGAAAAGAAGAAACGAUACACACAAAAAAAAACUCACUCACAAAUCUCGAUUUUUGAUAAUCUAAUGGCGGGAAAAGGCGAAGGUCCAGCAAUCGGUAUCGAUCUCGGUACAACCUACUCAUGUGUCGGCGUGUGGCAGCAUGACCGUGUUGAAAUCAUCGCUAACGAUCAAGGCAACCGCACCACUCCUUCCUACGUUGCCUUCACUGACAGCGAGCGUCUUAUUGGAGAUGCUGCUAAGAAUCAAGUCGCUAUGAACCCUACCAACACCGUCUUUGAUGCUAAGCGUCUAAUUGGCAGAAGAUUCAGCGACCCCUCUGUCCAAGCUGACAUGAGGCACUGGCCAUUCAAAGUCAUCUCCGGUCCAGCCGAGAAGCCAAUGAUCAGCGUCAACUACAAGGGAGAGGAGAAGCAGUUCUCCGCAGAAGAGAUCUCCUCCAUGGUUCUCACAAAGAUGCGUGAGAUUGCAGAAGCAUACCUCGGCACUACCAUCAAGAACGCUGUCGUCACAGUCCCUGCCUACUUCAACGACUCUCAGCGUCAGGCAACCAAAGACGCUGGAGUCAUCUCUGGUCUCAACGUCAUGCGUAUCAUCAACGAGCCUACAGCUGCUGCUAUUGCGUAUGGUCUUGACAAGAAGGCGUCUAGUGUCGGUGAGAAGAAUGUUCUCAUCUUUGACUUGGGAGGUGGAACUUUCGAUGUGUCUCUCCUCACCAUUGAGGAAGGUAUCUUUGAAGUGAAGGCAACGGCUGGUGACACUCACCUUGGUGGUGAGGAUUUUGAUAACAGAAUGGUUAACCACUUUGUGCAAGAGUUUAAGAGGAAGAACAAGAAGGACAUCACUGGUAACCCUAGAGCUUUGAGGAGGCUGAGGACAGCUUGUGAGAGAGCCAAGAGGACUCUUUCCUCCACUGCUCAGACUACUAUAGAGAUUGACUCUCUCUACGAGGGUAUUGACUUCUACACAACCAUCACGCGUGCGAGGUUCGAGGAGCUCAACAUGGAUCUCUUCAGAAAGUGUAUGGAGCCUGUGGAGAAGUGUUUGAGAGACGCUAAGAUGGAUAAAAGCAAUGUUCACGAUGUUGUACUCGUUGGUGGCUCCACUAGGAUCCCAAAAGUUCAGCAGCUUUUGCAAGAUUUUUUCAACGGGAAGGAGCUUUGUAAGAGCAUUAACCCUGACGAGGCUGUUGCUUACGGUGCGGCUGUUCAGGCAGCGAUCUUGACCGGUGAAGGGAACGAGAAGGUUCAAGAUUUACUUCUUCUUGAUGUCACUCCUCUAUCAUUAGGUUUGGAGACUGCUGGUGGUGUUAUGACGACUUUGAUUCCGAGGAAUACCACGAUUCCGACCAAGAAGGAACAGGUGUUCUCAACUUAUUCAGACAACCAGCCUGGUGUUUUGAUCCAAGUCUACGAAGGAGAGAGAGCAAGAACCAAAGACAACAACCUCUUGGGGAAGUUUGAGUUAAGCGGCAUCCCACCUGCGCCACGUGGUGUUCCUCAGAUCACCGUCUGUUUCGACAUUGACGCUAACGGUAUCCUCAACGUGUCUGCUGAAGACAAGACCACAGGGCAGAAGAACAAGAUCACCAUCACUAACGAUAAAGGAAGACUCUCCAAGGAGGAGAUUGAGAAGAUGGUGCAGGAAGCAGAGAAGUACAAGGCUGAAGAUGAGGAGCACAAGAAGAAGGUUGAUGCUAAGAACGCUCUCGAGAACUAUGCGUACAACAUGAGGAACACGAUCAAGGAUGAGAAGAUUGCCUCUAAGCUCGAUGCAGGUGACAAGAAGAAGAUUGAGGAUGCUAUUGAUCAAGCUAUUGAGUGGUUGGAUGGGAAUCAGCUCGCUGAGGCUGAUGAGUUUGAGGAUAAGAUGAAGGAGCUUGAGUCUGUUUGUAACCCGAUUAUUGCGAGGAUGUAUCAAGGUGGUGCUGGUGGUGAUAUGGGAGGUGGUGCUGGAGGUAUGGAUGAUGAUGCUCCUGCUGGUGGUAGCGGUGGUGCUGGACCCAAGAUUGAAGAAGUUGAUUAAGUUU